AGCGGCUGGAGUGUUCGUAUAAAAACCAUCCGCACCAGCCGGAGAAUCACCCACUUUCAUUAAAACUAUGCAUCCGCAAGCUUCGUUCUGGUCACUGGCCUGCUGCCUUGUACUGCUCCUGCUUCCGUCCGGAAUCCGCUCGAUGUGCAACGAUGCCACAGAGCCGGGAUGCCUCCACCCGGCGGAGUUGCACAUCCCCCAGCGUUAUUGUUUGGACCCCACCAAGUACUGGCUCUGCGACGGCAUCAACUCGCAGGCCCAACUCCAUAAGUGCCAGCCCAACACCGGAUUCGACCAGGACCUCAAUGCCUGUGUGCCGUGGACCGCCUGGGAAUGGAAGCCAUGCCAGGAGCCACCAAGUCGUCCUCCUGGGUGGGCUGGAUGCUAGACAAUGCUAGUGAGAAAGUCCUUGUUGCUUGGACAUAAUUAUGGAUUUUGCUUAAAUUAAGAACUACCUAACAAAAAAAAUGUUCUGCUUUUUGUCAAUUUUCACAGUUUAAAUUGUGUUCGCAUAAAUGAAA